CGGGGAUCCCCAGACGGGAGCUGCGCCCCGCGACGAGCUGACCUCCACUCGCCGGUCGCGUGGGCUGCGGUUGGGGCCGCGUCACCCCCGCCUUCGGAGGAGCCGGAGCCGCAGGAUGCGCGGGGACGCGCCGCCGCCCUCUGAGCCCAGUUCCUCCGGCGCUUCCCUGGCGGCUCGCGGGCGCUGACUCUCUCCCGGGCUUCCCCGCCCUCCUUACCUUACGUCCGCGCUGGGCGGCUGGUCCGCGCCGCGCUGGACCCCGCCGGGAACUGGUCCUCUGGCCCUCGCCGCGGUGCGGACAAUAACUUAAUGCCUCGCGCUUGAGGGGAGGGGGCGGCUCGGCGCCUGGGUCGCAGCUUUCUCCCCUGGCUGAGGCCGGCCACAGCCGACAUGGGCUGUUUCUGCGCUGUUCCGGAAGAAUUUUACUGCGAAGUUUUGCUUCUGAAUGAAUCCAAGUUAACCCUCACCACCCAGCAGCAGGGCAUCAAGAAGUCAACGAAAGGUUCCAUUGUCCUUGAGCACGUAUUCCGUCACAUAAACCUUGUGGAGAUAGAUUACUUUGGGCUGCGUUACUGUGACAGAAACCAUCAGACGUAUUGGCUGGAUCCUGCGAAAACCCUAGCUGAACACAAAGAACUGAUCAACACUGGACCUCCAUAUACUUUGUAUUUUGGUAUUAAAUUCUAUGCCGAAGAUCCAUGUAAGCUUAAAGAAGAAAUAACCAGAUAUCAGUUUUUCUUGCAGGUGAAGCAAGAUGUCCUUCAGGGCCGGCUGCCCUGCCCCGUCAACACUGCUGCUCAGCUGGGAGCGUAUGCCAUCCAGUCGGAACUUGGAGAUUAUGAUCCGUAUAAGCAUACUGCGGGAUAUGUGUCAGAGUACCGGUUUGUUCCUGAUCAGAAGGAAGAACUUGAAGAAGCUAUAGAAAGGAUUCAUAAAACUCUAAUGGGUCAGGCUCCUUCGGAAGCGGAGCUGAAUUACUUGAGGACUGCUAAAUCUCUGGAGAUGUACGGUGUUGACCUCCAUCCUGUCUAUGGAGAAAACAAAUCUGAGUAUUUCUUAGGAUUAACUCCGGUUGGUGUUGUUGUCUACAAGAAUAAAAAACAAGUGGGGAAGUAUUUCUGGCCUCGGAUUACAAAGGUUCACUUCAAGGAGACACAGUUUGAACUCAGAGUACUGGGAAAAGAUUGCAAUGAAACCUCAUUCUUUUUUGAAGCUCGAAGUAAAACUGCUUGCAAGCAUCUUUGGAAGUGUAGUGUAGAACAUCAUACAUUUUUUAGAAUGCCAGAAAAUGAAUCAAAUUCAUUGUCAAGAAAACUCAGCAAGUUUGGAUCCCUGAGUUAUAAGCACCGGUAUAGUGGCAGGACAGCAUUACAAAUGAGUCGAGAUCUUUCUAUUCAACUUCCCCGGCCAGAUCAGAAUGUGGCAAGAAGUCGAAGCAAGACUUACCCUAAGAGAAUAGCACCAACACAGCCAGCCGGAUCAGACAGCGUAAAUCGGGUAACUGCAAACAUGGAAAAUGGAGAAAAUGAAGGAGCAACUAAAAUUAUCGCACCUUCACCAAUAAAAAGCUUUAAGAAAGCAAAGAAUGAAAACAGCCCUGUUACUCAAAGAAGCAAAUCUCAUGCACCGUGGGAAGAAAAUGGCCCCCAGAGUGGACUCUACAACUCCCCGAACGACCGCACGAAAUCUCCCAAGUUCCCCUACGCGCGCCGCCGAAACCCCUCGUGUGGGAGCGACCAUGACUCUGUACAGCCCACCAGGAGGAGGAAAGCCCAUAACAGUGGUGAGGACUCAGAUCUAAAGCAGAGGAGGAGGUCGCGCUCACGCUGUAACACAAGCAGUGGUAGUGAAUCAGAAAAUUCUAAUAGAGAACACCGGAAAAAGAGAAACAGAAUACGGCAGGAGAAUGAUAUGGUUGAUUCGGCGCCUCAGUGGGAAGCUGUACUAAGGAGACAAAAGGAAAAAAACCAGGCGGACCCCAACAACAGACGAUCCAGACAUAGAUCUCGCUCGAGAAGUCCCGAUAUUCAAGCAAAAGAAGAAUUAUGGAAGCAUAUUCAAAAGGAACUUGUGGAUCCAUCUGGACUGUCAGAAGAACAAUUAAAAGAGAUUCCAUACACUAAAAUAGAGACUCAAGGUGACCCAGUCCGUAUCCGGCAUUCUCAUUCACCUCGAAGUUACCGCCAGUAUCGCAGGUCCCAGUGUUCAGAUGGAGAGCGAUCUGUUCUCUCAGAAGUGAAUUCAAAAACGGAUCUUGUACCUCCACUUCCUGUGACCCGAUCUUCAGAUGCUCAGGGUUCUGGUGGCUCCACAGUUCAUCAAAGAAGAAACGGGUCUAAAGAUAGCCUGAUAGAAGAAAAAUCUCAGACAUCUACAAGCAAUCUGGCUGGAAAACACACAGCAAAAACAAUAAAAACUACCCAAGCUUCACGCCUCAAGAUAGAGACUUAAUCCCAGUGACGGCCUAGGGAUGGUGGGGUGGGGAGGGUGUGUGUGUCACCUUUACUUUGAAACUGUGAAUUAUAAUUACUCCAAUAUCUAGGACCUGCAGAAGUGUUUCUUCAGAAGAAAAUAAUGGAGUCUGUUACAUCUUUUAAAGGUUUAACUACAGUAUAUUUGUGCCUAAGGGCCUUUUUAUUUGGUAACUGGAAAGACAGUAUUUUAAAACUUAUUCACUUGAUGCCAUGUUUUCCUUCCUGGAAACUCCCAAGUUAUCUUGUGUCUGCCACAACCAACACCAGAUGCUUCGGUUCAAAGUUCUGGAAUCCUGGACUGCAGCCAGCUAGCUGUGCAGUAGUACACCAAGUGGGAUGAAAAGGUUCUUCCCAACUCUGGGUGGAUCUCUGCCUGCACACAAAUGCAUGACUGAAGCAUCACUUUCACACUGCAGAUAUUUUUAUUCACAUAAAUGUUCUUUGUAAUACUGUAUUUUGUGGCAUUAAGUUCCACCAAUGAUUUGCAAAUGUUUAAAAAAAAGUUUGUUAAGUGCUGCUUUUAAUUUCUAGUGUCCUUGUCUUGUGCUUUCAGAAAAAAAAGGCUAUGUGUGGAUUUCAGUUGACCUCAGCUUAUAAAUUCAUGAUGCUCAACCUGAAAUGGUCCUUCCAGUCUGCCUGGCUAAUUCUCCCCCAAUACUAUUUCAGACGUUUCCUCUCUGCAGAUGACUGCAGUCUACAGGAAAAAUAGAAAUACUCAUGCAGGACAUCUUUUAUCUUCCCCUUACCCAACAGACAAGCGUCACCAUGGCUGCCAUCAACCCUAGUCCUUCCCUUUCUCCUGUCCCCUCUACCUGUCCUCUCGAGCCCAUCUCCUUCAGCCUUCUCAUCCCUGCUAUCUACAGUACUUAUAUAUUCAGCUGCUUCCUCUCAGCUAGACUGCCAUCUAAAAAAAGUAAGCCAACCAAAUUUCACAAGCACAAAUUCUUCUCCAGCUACCACUUUUUUCUCCCAUUCCAAGUUUCUUAAAAGGAUUAUCUGUAGCCAGUGUCCUCAACUACCUCAAACCAUCUCUACUAUGGAUUCUCCCUCACUGUUCCACUAAAGUGGACCUCAAAAAUCACCUUCAUGUCACCAAAUCCAAGUUAACUUUUAGGCUACUUUACAAUAUUUUGUUUGUUUCUACCAUUCUGACUAUCCUUUGCAGUUCACGCUGUUCUACCUCUCCAGUUAAUUAAGAGUAUCUCAAAUUUAGGCCCUCUUCCACUACCCCAGUGGAUCUCAUUUAUUCCCACGGUUUAUUUCUCUAGCUUAGACUAAAAGCCAGUGUAGUACCAAGGGGUCACUUAGAUUUCUAAGGCAAUUCAAAUAGAGCUAGUUGAAAAUGCUGCUCCCCCGCUGGAUUUGCAAAUGUACAAGACUACACACCUAGCAGUCAUUAUGGACACAUCCUUUAUUACCAACUCCUGUCUGCUAUAGUUUUAACUAUCUCUCUUCCUUAACUUUACCACCAUCCUGGUCCAAGGUGGUCAUCUCUCGCAUAGACAGUGCUAGUAGCCUCCAAUUGGCCCAUCAUCAGCAUCCCUUUUCUUGCAAAUGUGCAUUUCCAUCAUGGAUUUCCCCUUGCUUUAUACAGAGCCUUAAGUGGUCUGGCCUCUUACCUGUUCAGCUUCAUUUUGUAACACCCAGAGCUCCCAUAAUGGCCACCUUCAAGCCUCAUUAAGCACUCAACUCUUAUACCUAAAUGAGGACACUCAGAGGGAAAGAAGCUACAAUAGUCAGAAAUCUGGACUUAUAGUCAUACCCAUUUCCUUAGCUCAAGGCCUCUGUAUAUGGCACAGGGUCAGCUUUGCCUUACAUAAAUGCUGACCUACCCUUAGUCCUAACUGCUUUCUCAGGUUUCCCUGACUCGAUCAAAUCCUAUCAGACAUGGAACUUGUCUCACAAAGUUUUAAAUUGUGAUGACAUUUCCUCCAUUCAAAGGUAAGCUUCCAAAGGGAGGAACUGUGUUUGUGUACCAUUGUGGUCCCAGCUCCUAGUUCAGUGCUUUCAAUAAAUAUUUUGAAUGCCCGAAUACACUAUUUGUUCUUUCCUGCAAAGUGAAGGCAGAUUUGCUUUUAGCUUAAAAAAAAAAAAAAUGCAGUAACAGAGCACACCUGUGACCUAGAAACCAACUAGUCUAGUUCACUUCAUCAUGCAAGAGGCACUAGAAGAAAGCACGUGUAUCUCCUUGGAGCCUAGCAUAAGCCUAUAUUUCAGGAGGCUAUCAGUGAUCUUGAUCACUGAAUGUUAAUCCUUUUUUUUUUUUGAAUGUUAAUCUUAACAGCUGAGAUUUAACUU